AUGGCUCGUACUAAGCAAACCGCUAGGAAAUCCACCGGAGGGAAAGCACCAAGGAAGCAACUUGCGACUAAGGCGGCGAGGAAAUCAGCUCCGGCCACCGGUGGAGUCAAGAAGCCGCACAGAUUCCGUCCAGGAACCGUCGCGUUGAGAGAGAUCAGGAAGUAUCAGAAGAGUACUGAGCUUUUGAUCCGUAAGCUUCCUUUCCAGCGUCUGGUUCGUGAGAUUGCUCAGGAUUUCAAGACAGAUCUGAGGUUCCAGAGCAGUGCUGUUGCGGCUCUUCAGGAAGCAGCUGAGGCUUAUCUGGUUGGUCUGUUCGAGGAUACUAACCUUUGCGCGAUUCAUGCGAAGAGGGUCACAAUCAUGCCUAAGGAUAUUCAGCUUGCGAGGAGGAUUCGUGGAGAACGUGCUUGA